AUGUUUGCUCGCGGCGCGCUACGUCUGAUAGCGCGGCCAGCUUCUUGCCCUCUCCCCAUCCGUUACGCCUCGACUUUCUCCGCCUCGGCCACCGAAGCCAUGAAUCCUCACGGCAUUGAGAUCUCCAAAGCCCAGCGAGUGGCCAAGGACGGAUUUGUGUCGGCCAUUGGAAACACCCCCCUGAUCAAGCUCAAGAAGCUCUCGGAAGAGACGGGAUGCGAAGUACUCGGGAAGGCAGAAUUUCAGAACCCUGGAGGCAGCGUAAAGGACAGAGCAGCACUGUAUGUCGUCAAGGAUGCCGAAGAGCGCGGUCUGCUGCGUCCCGGCGGGACGGUGGUCGAGGGCACAGCUGGCAAUACAGGCAUUGGCCUCGCCCACGUUUGCCGAUCGAAAGGGUACAACUUGGUGAUAUACAUGCCCAACACGCAAUCCCAAGGGAAGAUUGACCUUCUCCGGCUACUUGGCGCCACCGUCUACCCAGUCCCCGCCGUUCCUUUCGAAGACCCUCAAAACUACAACCACCAAGCCAAACGACACGCCGAACAGCUCGAGAACGCGGUGUGGACGAAUCAGUUCGACAACACGGCAAAUCGACAGGCACAUAUCGAGACAACCGGCCCGGAAAUAUGGGCGCAGACCGAAGGCAAAAUCGAUGGCUUCACUUGCGCCUCGGGCACGGCGGGCACAAUCGCGGGAGUGACAAGAUACCUCAAGACCGUGAGCAACGGAAAGGUGCAAUGCUACGUGGCCGACCCGCCUGGGAGCACCAUCUACACCUACGUCUCGAGCGGGGGGAAGCAGAUUGCGCGGUCAGGCUCGUCCAUCACCGAGGGGAUUGGACAGGGUCGGAUCACGGACAAUCUCAAGCCGGACGUCGACUUGUUGGACGGCGCACUCUUCAUUGCCGACGAGAAGAGCAUAGAGAUGGUGUACCGCUGCUUGGAUGAAGAGGGGCUUUACCUUGGGGCCAGCAGCUGUUUGAAUGUGGUUGCGGCGAAGGAGUUGGCCGAAAAGCUGGGGCCGGGGCAUACGGUGGUGACCAUUCUCUGCGACGGAGCGUACAGAUAUGCCGACAGGCUAUUCUCGCGCAAAUGGUUGGAAAGCAAGGACCUGUUGAAGGCGAUCCCGGAGCACUUGACCAAGUAUAUCGUGCUGCCUUAG